CGCACAUACACAGGGAGACGCGCGCAUCUACCGCAGGAAGCAGACGCACAUACGAAGGAAGCCAUCAAGGAGACCAAAACACCUACCACGGGAAGAGUGGCGCACAUACAGAGGAAAGAGGAGUGCACCUACAGCGGGGUGAAAUCAGAAAACCAAGCUGAUCUGCAGCAGUGAAGGAAAGCGCAGAUCGAGCAGAAAUGACUUAUUUUGGAAACAGCAUUUGUAACCUUGACCAGCGGUGCGCCUAAACCAGUGCAAUUAUGCCGGUGCGACGAGGUCAUGUGGCUCCGCAGAACACCUUUCUGGGAAUUAUUAUCCGCAAAUUCGAGGGUCAGAAUAAGAAGUUUGUAAUAGCAAAUGCACGGGUGCAAAACUGCGCCAUCAUCUUCUGCAAUGAUGCAUUCUGCGAGAUGACCGGCUUCUCGCGGCCGGACAUUAUGCAAAAGCCAUGCACCUGCGAUUUCCUGCACGGCCAGCUGACCAAGCGACAUGCCAUUGCUCAAAUAGCACAGGCCUUGCUCGGCUCAGAGGAGAGAAAAGUGGAAAUCACUUACCACCGCAAGGACGGUUCUGAUUUCCUGUGUAACACCCACAUCAUCCCUGUGAAGAACGAGGAGGGGAUUGUCAUGAUGUUCAUCCUGAGCUUUGACUACAUCCUGGAGAAGGGUAGCAUGGACUCACUGGAGCAUCUCAACCACACAUCACCGUCCCGCCCCCAACACAGAAAAGGACGCUUCUUUCGCUUUCGCCUCCCCAUGCCACUGAGCAUGCUGGGACUGAGCAAGCAAUCACUUCCUCAGGAGGACCCAGAUGGGGUGACUGUCUACUCACCUGAACAGUUGGAUGCUGCCUCAUCUCUUUCCUCCUUCUCCUCCCUUUCGCUUUCACUUUCACCCCAUGGACUCCGUCCAACCCAGGACAGCUGCAGUCCCUCUUACGCCAAUGACACCCGGGCUCUGAUCGGCCAGAGCCUGCUAAGCUCACCCUCUCCGGCUUCGGGACCCCAAGACCAGUCCUCACCACGGGGGGCAUGGGGAAGGACAGGGUCUCGUGGAUCGCUGGGUGGCGAGAGUGUGUGUACGCUACGCAGAGCCUCGUCCUCAUAUAACAUUGAUGGAUUCAACAUGCAUGUGGAGAAGGCGUACCGGGAUCGUCACGCCAGCGAAGACAAUGGUCGUAGCAUUAAAGUAUCACACUCUUGGAUGGCUGGGGGACCGUUCAGUCAGAUCAAGUGCAGUCUCCUGGGCUCCACAUCCGACUCAAACCUGACCAAAUACAACACCAUUAACAAGAUUCCCCUCAUCACACUCAACUUCUCAGAGACCAACGAUAAGCGCCCUCCCUCACCACCCUCUUCUGAGAAAACCAUAAUUGCUCCAAAAGUUAAAGAUCGCACACACAAUGUCACUGAGAAGGUCACACAGGUCCUGUCUCUUGGUGCUGAUGUGCUUCCAGAGUACAAACUCCAGACGACACGCAUUAACAAGUUUACCAUCCUACACUACAGCCCAUUCAAAGCCGUGUGGGACUGGCUCAUUCUGUUGCUCGUCAUCUAUACUGCCAUCUUUACUCCGUACAGCGCUGCCUUUCUGCUCAACGACCCGGGGGAGGAGAGAAGGCGUGCAUGUGGAUACUCCUGCAACCCACUUAAUGUCAUAGACCUAAUUGUAGAUAUUAUGUUUAUCGUGGACAUUCUUAUCAACUUCCGCACCACAUAUGUCAACAUCAAUGAAGAGGUGGUUAGCCACCCGGCCAAAAUUGCAGUGCACUAUUUCAAAGGCUGGUUCCUCAUUGACAUGGUGGCUGCUAUUCCUUUUGACCUGCUUAUAUUUGGCUCAGGAUCAGAGGAGACCACAACUCUGAUUGGUCUGCUGAAGACUGCCCGUCUGCUACGAUUGGUGCGUGUGGCACGUAAGCUGGACCGUUACUCUGAGUAUGGUGCUGCCGUCCUCAUGCUCCUCAUGUGCAUCUUUGCACUGAUUGCUCAUUGGCUGGCAUGCAUUUGGUAUGCCAUCGGUAAUGUGGAAAAGCCUUACCUGGAGCACACCAUUGGCUGGCUCGACAAUCUGGGCACGUCCAUCGGGAAGGAGUACAACCAUAGUGACCCGUCUUCCGGUCCGACAAUCAAGGACAAGUACGUAACAGCGCUGUAUUUCACCUUUAGCAGCCUGACGAGUGUCGGCUUUGGUAACGUCUCUCCCAACACCAACUCGGAGAAGAUCUUCUCCAUCUGUGUCAUGCUCAUCGGCUCCCUAAUGUAUGCCAGCAUUUUUGGGAACGUGUCAGCCAUCAUCCAACGGCUGUACUCCAGAACAGCUAGGUAUCACCUGCAGAUGCUUCGUGUUAAAGAAUUUAUUCGCUUUCACCAAAUCCCAAACCCACUGCGCCAGAGACUUGAGGAGUACUUCCAGCAUGCCUGGACAUACACCAAUGGCAUCGACAUGAACAUGGUACUGAAGGGAUUUCCAGAAUGUCUUCAGGCUGAUAUCUGUCUACAUCUGAACCAGUCUCUACUGCAGCAGUGUAAGGCAUUCAGAGGUGCGAGUAAAGGAUGUUUACGGGCUUUGGCGAUGCGGUUUAAGACGACUCACGCCCCACCGGGUGACACGCUGGUGCAUUGUGGGGAUGUACUCACCGCCUUGUACUUCCUUGCCCGUGGAUCUAUAGAGAUCCUAAAGGAUGACAUUGUAGUGGCCAUUCUUGGCAAAAACGACAUCUUCGGUGAGUUGAUCCAUCUGUAUGGCAAACCGGGCAAAGCCAACGCUGAUGUGCGAGCUCUAUGCUACUGUGACCUGCACACCAUUGAUAGAGAGGAGCUGCUCGAGGUGUUGGACAUGUACCCAGAGUUUGCAGACUACUUUUGGUCCAACCUGGAGCUCACAUUCAACCUGCGUGACGAAGAUGGCAAGUUAGGCACAGUUCGUCAAAGGAAUCUGUACACACCAGUGAGUGAUUCUGAACAGGAGCUGAACACCAAUUCUAAAAUCAGCUUUAAGAACAAAACCACAACAGGUACACCAAGCACACAGAGGGUGGAGAAGAAAGGGAAAAGAGGAGAGAAAGAUACAGCACCUCAGGGGGAGGAGGAGAAUAGAAGAACUGAGGAGGAUAAGGAGGAGAAAGACGAGAAAACAAAACUGGAUUUGGAGAUUGUCAACCACUCAAUUCCUCUCAACCUAAACACACUUUCUAGUUCUCAUGCUAAAGAGUGUACAGCCUUUUAUAAUGAUGUGUGUGGUAAUAACUGGGCCUGUGGGAACAUAGAUGACUCAGCACAAUCUCAGGACAAAGUGGGCGUAGCUGACUGUGAUAGUGACAUUACGUAUGGGGAGAUGGAGCAGAGGCUGGAUUUACUGCAGGAACAUCUGAACAGAAUGGAGACUCAAAUGACAACUAAUAUCCAGGCCAUUCUGCAAAUGCUGCAAAGACUGGGACCUCCGGCAUACAGCACUUUAGCAUCAAGUCCAGAUUAUCACAGACAAGCCAUCAGAGUACAGCCUGCUACUUGCUCACAGAGUCCUGAUUUUGAAAAGCCUGGCAACAAAUCCAAAGACUGUGCACUCUUCGCUACCAUGGAGAUGACCUCCGAUGUGAGCAUGAUGAUGGAACUGGGACUUACGGACAAGAAUGAGCCAUCUGAUCCACCACAUCCUAGGGGUCUACAACUGACAAUAAGACAGACGUCCCUCCCGGAUUUGUCUCCUUGUGAUGGCAGGCGGCUAGGACUGCACCGACCCUCCUCUGAUCCAGGAUUUCAAGAGGACCAGCAUUAGUAAUAUAAUGGGUUUAAAACUGGGAACCAGUGUACAUUAGUCUCAGGGUACAAAGAAAAGAAAGGAAAGAAAAAGUAAAAUGCUGUAUGCAAAAGUACAAUAUCUUCCAAAUCAUUUUGACUUGAAGAGUUUCACUCCCAGCACAGCGCAGAUGUAAAAAAAAAAAAAAACCUGAACAUGAAAAACGAAUGUAUUGACACUACACAGGGCGCUGCAUGCUGGGAGGAAUUUGUUGUAUUUUCCGCAUGUUUAUAAAAAGACUUGUGCUGCU